AUGGCUCCAGGACUCGUGGAACCCCAGGUCCAGCCAACGACUACUUCCACGCCGAACACAGUGAUCAAGGCCACCGGUAAUAUGCAUAGUUACGUGCCCGGCCGCACAAUUGUAAAGAAGCACGAUGACACGUACGAGCAUGAGGAUCUACGGCCACGCUUUCCUGACAUAAAGUGGCCCGCAUAUGAGGAGAUACCUUACGUGGAUAAGGGCCAGCUGGGCGACCCGAGCUUCAAGAAUCUGUUGGCUGACGCGACGGAUGUGUUUGAUUAUAACCCCAAGAUCGGCACCGAGGUUCACGGCGUCGACUUAGCGACUCUCACCAAUGCACAGAAGAAUGAUCUCGCGCGACUCAUCGCCACUCGAGGCGUCGUCUUCUUUCGCAACCAGCAUAACUUCGACAUUGAUCAGCAAAGAGAGCUUGGAAAAAUAUUUUGGCGAACUACACAGGUCUGGAAGAUGUCCAUGUCAUAUUCACUGGCGAAGGGUAGCCCGGAUCUCAGAGCACUUUUCACACCCACAUUUCUCUGGCACUCGGAUGUAACCUAUGAGAUCCAACCGCCUUCGUAUACCUCUCUCAAAGUCCUCUCCGGCCCACCACGUGGAGGCGGAGGCGACACGCUCUGGAGUUCACAGUAUGCCGCGUACGACAUGCUCUCUCCUCACAUGCAAAGAUACCUCGAAUCCCUGACCGCCCUGCACUCAGCAGAGCUACAAGCCCAAGGCUCGCGUGAUUUGGGCCGUACCGUACGCCGUGAGCCUGUCACGACUGAACAUCCGUUGAUCCGUACCAACCCCGUCACAGGGUGGAAAAGUAUUUUCUUCAAUCCAGGAUUUGUGACCAAGAUCGUUGGUGUCCCAAAGACCGAAAGUGACCACAUCAUUGGCCUGUUGAACGAGAUUGUGGCGACGAGCCCGGAGAUCCAUGCAAGAUUCCAAUGGGAGGAGGGCGAUGUGGCAUUCUGGGACAAUAGGGCUACGGUAAGAUGA